AUGUGUUUGAAUGGCAAGUGGUCGGUGCUCACGGCUUUUCCCCGGACGCUGGUUGUGGUGCUUUACUCUUGGACCGCGUUUGUGACUUGCACGAGGGUAGAUCAAGUACCGUUGGCUGUAGUCUGGUUACUGGUGCUCUUGCUGUUGGGAAUUGGAUGGUAUACGUACUACAAACUCAUCUCCGUAGAUCCUGGGAGUCCGCUGGAUUAUCCAGAACUUGCGGUUGGUGACAUCGUUUCUGCAGAGAAUGGUGCAGAAUUGCCACCAGACUUCCUGUCCAGGCGGUCUGUCACCUCAAAACGGGAUGGGAGAUUCCGGGUGUGUCGAACAUGCCACGUAUGGAAGCCUGAUAGGACACAUCACUGUUCUACGUGCAAUAGAUGCAUUUUGAAGAUGGAUCACCACUGUCCGUGGAUCCCGGGCUGCGUUGGAUUCAAAAACCAGAGAUAUUUCAUUCAAUUUCUGGUGUACACCACCCUCUAUGCUUUGGCUAUCCUUGCAAUCAGCUCUACGCAGCUGUACAUGUGGUUUCAGGAUGGCGCGUUCGAGCGGGAACUGAUAGAUCUUAACCUGCUUUCCGUGUGGCUGCUUGCGUUCGUUAUGUCGAUUGCCAUGCUUUGCUUUACUGGGUUCAGCGUAUACCAGGUGGCCAAAAAUCAGACAACAAUUGAACUGUAUACGCAGCGGAGCCUUCGAGAAGAGCUGGCGGUCCUCGCUGAGACUGGCUUUCCCCGGAAUUAUACCGCCGAUAACGUCUUCGAUCUAGGUUCUCGCUUGAGCAAUUGGUCCGACGUGAUGGGGGAAACGUUGGCGGAAUGGCUACUACCAAUUAGCACGGCCAGAAGUGUCGAAAACAAGCACACAUUGGAUGACAAAGGGCUCUAUUUCACCUUCAGAAGCGAGAUGAACGAGCGGUUAUUGGACACACUAGAUCUGCAGGAUAGACUUUUGAGGAGAGUGACUCCACGCUCAUCAGCAGAACACCGCCUUGGUUCAAGAGUAUAA